GUACCACUAUUGCGAUUGUAUACUGUUAAGUUCCAUCCGGCUUACCUUGUCCGCUUCCUUAGCAUGGUAUCCUAUAAGUGGAUAUGACUUCUGAAGCAGACAUCACCUUGCAAUAUUGAGGCUAUGGUACUGCAAUAUGUUAUCAUCUUUUCUUCAACAGUUACCCACCGCAUUUCUAUCAUCAGUCUCGCUUCUUCUAGCUCUAGGCGCAUAUGGCCAAAAACUCCCGGCAUCCCAACUCGACACCGUACCCGACUGUGCUAUAGACUGUGUUGAGAGUUUCGUAAACACUGAGUAUCCGAACAAUGCGUGCUCGUCCGUGUCCGAUAUCAGCUGUCUGUGUAAAACGAACACAAAAAGCGGGUAUACAUUGGGGGAAGCAGCCUUACGCUGCAGCAUCUCGUUUUGCUCAAUUGAAGUGGCGAUCAAUUCAAGCGUCUACAGCAUUUGUGACUCGAUAUCCGGAUCGUUGCCUCGUACACAUGCUACAAUAACUGCCACAGUUGUGUCUGUGCUAUCGCCUACGAGCGCUCCCACUACCGAGACACACUCGCCUAAUCCUAGUUUGACCACCUCGGCGGAUCCUACACUACCGAAGACAGGACAUCCAUCGACUACAUUCACCACCUUUCAGAGUCCGGCAUCAGCAACGGAUACGGAGCAGAGUACCUCAAGUACUGCUAGCAGCUCGCAGACGUCUCACAAUGCAACAUCAGGAGCAGAGGCCGGUAAAGAGAGUAGUCUUAACGCAGGUGCUGUUAUCGGGGUUUCUGUGUCUUCUGGUAUUGCGGGAUUCUUUAUACUUGGGGUUAUAGUAUUUUUCUGCUGCAGGAAAAUGAAACGGCGGUAUCAGCAACCAAAGGACCGAGAUUUCUUCGAGAUUGGAGGUGUUAUGGCGGAACCACCCGAUUUCUCACUACCUCCAAGACGUCCGAGUCCAGGUCCCAACCCCUCAAACCGUGCAGGACACGGAGACACCGAGACUUCGAGGCUCAUGUCUUCAUUUCACGCUGGUCCUCAGAACCCAGCAGUCGUUGUAACCGGCCCGGAUGACGACUACCAUUAUGGUUCCACGGGGAUACACAGCCCAGGAAGGAUUGGCUUUGCUAUAUCUUCCAGCUCAGAUGCCGAGCCCUCAGUCAGUCAAUCAUCCCCGCGGACAGUCUCCGACCUAUUGCCUGACAAGCCGGCGUACACUCUCUGCCCAGAACCAUUGAGGCUGAGUCAACAGAAAUACACGAGGCCUAAUAGUGGUGACACAUUGUUCGAAGAGGAUGUCACCAGAUCAAGGAGUUUCCUAGGUGGUAACAAGCCCUAUCCGAAAUAUUCAAACAUGCAAGCUCCAUACAGUAAUAACCGGAAGUACAAGCGAUCUCCAAGAUUAGGGCUUCCUGAUAACCCGCGGGCAUUGUUUCACGCCUUUCGAGCGCGGAAUGAUACCGGCUUUUACGUUGGUCCACACCACCCAAAACAGCCAGCUUACGUUGGUGCUGGUGAAGGGGUACAAUACCCUUAUCAGAACGAUGUAUACGGCAAAUCAUUGCCCCUUGGUCCACGGCCGUAUAACGCGAAGCGCAAUGAGUAUAUCGGUGAUUACUGGCGGGGCCCCGAUAUGGGGCUUGCCAGAGCUCUUCCUGAGCCACCGGUAUCUCGCAAUACAGUUCGUCAUUCAUAUCAGGAGGCCGACACAAAAGGCAACUUAUUAGACAGCUCCAGUGACGAAUUUGAGACCAUCAAUAUUAACGAAAGCUCGGGGCCUCAUCGAACGUCUCGACACUCUGGAAACUUCAGACCACUCACUCCUGUACGAGAAAUUCGAACACCCAACAAUGAAGGCCAGCAACGAAACUAUUUUGACGAGAAUGCGCCUGUAAAGUAUCCCCGAAUGCCGUUGUCCCGAACCGUUAGUCCAGCCCGGGAAAUUGUGUCUAGGCCCAGGAUCGUGCGGCGUGAUGAUAUUAAACGUGUGCAAAUACGUCGAGGCAAACCACAACCCAAGGAGUUGACUGUUCCUUACUCACCAGAUGAUUACUGGAGUGGGUAUAACCGUAGCUCUCUGUCCGGACCUAGAUCGUCCAGGUUGUCUGGUGAUCGGUCCUCAACGGAAAUACAGGGACGCAUGGCAAAGAAGAGGCGUUCAUCGUCCGAGCGCAAUUUGACACCAUCAAGGAGAGGUUCUGAUUUAAUUCUUCGGGUAGAUUGACGGCCAG